AUGAUGACCAGUCCAGAUCAGAGUCCUCACAUCAAAGAGGAACAGGAAGAUCUCUGGACCAAUCAGGAGGUCCAUGGCAGCAAGUUCUCGCUCUCUAUCGUCCACGUGAAGACGGAAGACGAUGAGGACGAACCUCAGUCCUCACAGCUUCAUCAAAGUCAACCUGUGCACAGCAGAGAGGCGGAGCCUCCAGACAUCGAUGGAGAUGAUCAUCUUCACUCCGAUAAAGAAGACAACGAGACUUCAGACUCGUGUGAGACUGAAGACAGUGAGGAUUAUGAGAAGGAGACCAGAGCUCCUGACCAACGUCAGCCUCACGGACACAAACAGAGAGUUUCUACAGGAGAGAAACCGUUUGUCUGCGACGUCUGUGGGAAAAGAUUCACAAAGAACAGUGACGUCAAGAGACACAUGAUGGUCCACACUGGAGAGAAACCCUUUCACUGUGACCUUUGUGGGGAAAGAUUCACACAGAAGGGUUCUCUUAAGAGCCACAUGAUGAUACAUUCAGGAGAGAGACCAUUUCAUUGUGACGUUUGUGGGAAAAGCUUCAUAGUGAAGCACUCUCUGAAGAUACACAAGAUGUGCCAUACUGGAGAAAAGCCAAAUCACUGUGACGUGUGCGGGAAAAGAUUCAUACAGAAGAGUUAUCUUAAGAGCCACAUGAUGCUACAUUCAGGAGAAAAAACGAAUCACUGUGACGUGUGCGGGAAAAGCUUCACGUUGAAAGGUUCUCUGAAAAAACACAUGAUGUUGCAUACAGGAACGAAACCAUAUGGCUGUGAUGUUUGUGGGAAAGCAUUUAUCCGAAAGCGUUCUCUUACUAACCACAUCACGGGCCAUAUCAGAAAAAUUCCAGCUCCCUCGAACACACAGACGUCGUCUUUGAUGGGUCGUGUAGGAAAGAGACCGUACAGCUGUCACGUGUGCGGGAACACGUUCACGCAGGUGAGUUUCUUCAUGAAACAUCUGGCGAUCCACAGAGCGAAACAGCUGCAGUACAGCUGUGACACCUGCGGGAAAAGAUUCAGUUGUAAGUCUGACAUUGAGAGACACGCGAGGAUCCACACAGGAGAGAAACCGCACGGCUGUGAGGUUUGUGGGAAAAGAUUUUCACAGAAAAGUUCGGUGAAGUCACACAUGGUCGUCCACGUGGCAGAAAAACCGUUCCACUGCGAUUGUUGUUGGAAGUCGUUUUCAUGUGCCAAAUAUCUGAAAAAUCACAGGAAGAUUCACACAAGAGAGAAAAAAUGAUUCUGCUCAUGUUUACGUUUCACCACAUGGUGGCAGCAGCAGCAAACAUGUACGUCAUCUUUUAAAGGUCCUGGAACAGUGAAGUCACUUUCUUUACUUUUUAUUUCUGUGCGUUUCUGUAUUUACUUUGAGUUAUGUUCCACGACUAGGAAGAUUGUUUGUUUUAGAUGAGUAUAAAUAUAAAAACAGGAAGACUUGAAUUAGAGUAAGACAAUAUAAAUUCAUAUGUAAUUGAAAAUCCUGACGAAACCAAGCUUUAGAAUUCUUGUUGUGUUUUUUUGUGGUGUUUUUUUUCUUUUCCUUGUUGUAAAAUCACACUGAACUAUGCUUUUAAUAAGUGAAAUGAAUGUAUUCAUGUUUAAAAAGAAGUUGAGCAUUUGUUUAUGUACGUGGCACUAAGCUAAAUCAAGUCCUAGCUAAAUCUGGUACUUAGCAUUUGUUAAAUGUUGUGUCUUUUGUUUCCUGACAGAAGUAAAUGUACAGUGUUCACCGCGUUCCGGUUCAGAAGUUGGGCAAAAAAAACAUGGAUUUAAACAAAUCUGGGGUUAGCCAUUGUUAGCAAUACCAGGUGAUAUCAUUGUGAAGAAGCUGUUCUGAGUCCCCCCCCCCCCCCCCAACACCUAAAUACACACUCUCAGUUUUAUUUUCAUGGUUGGUUUUCCAUGACUUCAGAGCUCCUCCUCCACAUGGCGGCAUAAGAGUUCAUUGUUUGGGAUUGAAAACAACAGUUCAUACAUUUAAAAAAUGUAUUGUAAUUAUUGUAAAUUCCAUUUCUUUACAUUACAUUACAUUACAUGUCAUUUAGCAGACGCUUUUAUGGAAUCGAGUACGAUCAGGCAGGGGUGGAGUUGAACUUGUGACCAUGAUGUUUUUCACACACAGGGUCCCGGUCUUAACCACUGCCGAAUAGAAGUCAUUUUACAUGAAUCUUACUGAACCUUUAAUAAAUGAAACUCA